AUGCCUACUUCAAAGCAUUUGUAUGAGGUGAUCGCUAUAACUGGCACAUUAGGGAAAAUAUUAUGUGAAUCCGCCAAUACAGUGAAGAAUGAUGUCAGUAAGUUCUAUAACUAUUCGAUUAUAACUAAACCCAUGCGGGAUUGUGAUACAUCAUAUUCCAUGUAUGAAAGUGCAAGAAAGAUACAGUCUGAGAAGUUAAGAGAAAACGGUAAUGUCAGCAAUCCAGCUUCAAAUUCGAAUCCUUCAACAAAUCUCAAUCAAAAAAGACAAUAUUCAACCAAAGCAUAUAAAGAUGAUCAAACCAAUCAUGAUAUAAUAGAAGAAGAUACUCAAAUUAGAAGACCUAGAAAUAAAUCGUCUCAAACCCCAACUCUCAUAGGAACAGCCAAAGAACCUGAAUUCAAAUUAUCAAGUAGUCAAGUUCCUAGUUCAAGAUUAGCAAGAAUAUUUCAUUAUGGUUCUUUAGCAGCUGGUGUCGGAUUAGGAGUUGCAACUCAAGGAAUAAAACAUAUAGCCUCUGGAAAGUCAGCUUCUGAUUUAAAUGUUGGAUCAUUAAUCUUAUCACCUGCUAAUAUUGAAAGAAUGGCAAAGAAAUUCUCAAAAAUGAGAGGAGCAGCUUUAAAGAUUGGUCAAAUGAUGUCAUUUCAAGAUUCAUCAGUCUUACCUAAGGAAAUUCAACAAAUCUUAUUAAGAGUUCAGAAUUCAGCUCAUUAUAUGCCUCCAGGUCAAUUAGAAAGAGUAAUGGUUAGUGAAUUAGGUAAUAAUUGGAGAAAACGUUUAUUUGCAUCGUUUGAUGAUAUUCCUAUGGCUGCUGCUUCAAUUGGUCAAGUUCAUACUGCGGUCACUGAAGAUUUAAAACAGGUUGUUGUAAAAGUACAAUAUCCAGGUGUUGCUGAUUCAAUUGACUCUGAUUUAAAUAACCUUUUAUUGUUAUUAACUGCUAGUUCAUUAUUACCUCCAGGUCUUUUCCUUGAUAAGACUAUUGCCAAUGCUAGAACUGAAUUAAAAUGGGAAUGUGAUUAUAUUAGAGAAGCUCAAAAUUUGAUUGCCUUUAAGGAAUUAUUAAAAGAUGAUGAAGUAUUCGAAGUUCCUCAAGUAUUUGAUAAAUUAUGUGGUGAACAUGUGUUAACCAUGGAAAGAAUGAAAGGAAUUGAAAUUGUGAAAGGUAAUUGGAAUCAAGAAACAAAUGAUUGGAUUGCCACCAAUAUUAUGAGAUUAUGUCUCUUGGAAAUUAAGAAAUUUAAAUACAUGCAAACUGAUCCAAAUUGGGCAAACUUUCUUUAUAACGAAAAAACCAAUAAAAUAGAAUUAUUAGAUUUUGGUGCUGCUAGACAAUUCGAUAAUGAAUUCAUUGAUAAUUAUGUUUCAGUAUUAAGAGCUGCUGUUAGAAAAGAUCAUGAACAAGUGGAACAUUAUUCCAAAAAGUUAGGUUAUCUUACAGGUAUGGAAUCUCCUCAAAUGGUCAAGGCUCAUGUUGAUUCAGUUAUGGUGUUGGGUGAAGCAUUCUCUCCUGUCGACAAUACAGGUAAGCCAUUUGAUUUCAACAAUCAAACUAUCACUGAUAGAGUUAGAGGUAAUAUUGGUUUAAUGUUAAAUGAAAGAUUAUCACCACCACCAGAAGAAACUUACUCUUUGCAUAGAAAAUUAAGUGGAGUUUUCUUAUUGUGCGCAAGAUUAAAAGCAACUGUUCCAUGUGAAGAGUUGUUUAGAGAUAUCAUUGGUUAUGAAUAA